AUGGUAGCUGCAAAUGAGGAUGAAAAACGACGAGAACAAUCGGAAAUAUCUAGAAAAGCCGCGAUUCGAGAAAGAAUUGAAAGACAAAGAGAAAGAGAUCGAAUUGUGAAAGAAAGUAUUGCAAAUGUUGAUAAAAAGGCAAAAAAUCGCAUUGUUUUCGAAGAUUCGGAUGAAGAUAAUGAAGAUGAAAAAGAUGAUGAUGAAGAGGAGGAUAAAGUAUGUUUUUAUUGAUUUUUUUUUGGAUAAAUUGAUUUUUUAUUGAUAAAAAUACGUCUACAAAUAUGAUCAUAAUCAUGUGUUUUUCAGGCUGCCAGCUCAUCGAAAUCCAAAAAAUCUUCAUCGUCUUCGAAACCAAAACUGUUUGAUAGUGAAGAUGAAGAUGAAGAUGACACUGAAAAUCCGGAAAAUGAAGAAAUUCAAAUAAAAAAUCGACACAGCGGACCGAAAGGUGAAAAAUUGAUGAAACUCGAAACCCGUUUCAACAGUGAUCCACGUUUCAAACUUGAUGAUAAAUUUGUGGAAAGUUCGGAUUCUGAAGGAGAAGGAAAUGAUGGAAAUGAAGAAGAGAAGUUGGAAAAAAUGGAAAGUAAACAGGAAAAAGAGAAGAAUCGAGAAUUGCUGUCAAAGAUUCUGGGAAAAAAUGUGAUGGAUGUGAAAAAAGUGGAGAAUAAGGGAUUGAUGGCAAGACCAUUUACAAGGUGAAUUUUUGGGAAAUGGCGAAAAAAUAUUUUUAGACAAAUAAUAUUUUUAAAAAUUGAGAAAAUGUGGAUUUUUGAAAUAUUUGUCUGAAAAUCAAGAUGCUGAAAUUAGGACAUUUGAGUGAAUUUCAAAAAAAUCUAAAUUUGUUCCAGAUUCGAUCCAUCAAAUCCAGAACAUGUUGCAUGGAUGAAAGAAUUUGAAGAAUCGAAAAAUCCGAAGAAAAAAGAGGAAAAAGAAAAAGAAGCUGAAAAGGAGAAAGAAGAUGGAGAAGAAUCUGAAGGUGGUGAAAGUAGCGAUGAAGAUGAUGAUGAAAAUCUGACAAAAGCUGAAAUUUUCUAUCAAUAUGAUGAGAGUUUUUCGAGUGAAUUGAAAAAAGAAAAAGAGGAAAAUGGAAAUGGAAAUGGAUUCUCGUUUUUGGCAAUGAUGGGAAGAAAACACGAAGAAGAAGAAGAUGAAAAUGAAGAAGAAGAAGAAGAAGAAGAAAUGGAACAAGAUGUAAGUUUUAUUGGACUAUUUUUGGUAUUAGAUAAAAAAUAUUUUUCUAACUGAAACGUUGAAAAUUUUCUUUUAAAGUUAUUUUCAGCUGAGAUUCAAUGAAAUUUUAAACGAUAUUUGAGAGCUCUAUUUUUGUUUACGAAAAAACCUUGAAAAUUUACGUUUCAAAGUGAUUUAUUUCCGGGAAUUUUUCCAACUCUAUUGAUAUUUCUCGUAUUGAAAUAGCAAUAAUCAUAGUCUUCUUCAGAUCUCCGAAGUUCCGCUAUCAACGAAAAAAUCCAAAUCCGAACCUUCUCAACUUCCGCUAAAUACAUCUGUAAAAGUGUCGAAAUUUUUCGUAACCUCAAAAGAUGAACAAAUUCGAAGUAUGGCGAUGAAUUUUCGACGAACUCAAGAUGUCCAAAAAAUUAUUGAUCGAUGGACUCCGCAUCGAGAUGCUAUUUUUAAUAUUUGGAAAAAGCAACGAAAAAUUGCUAUGAAUAAUGAGAAGGGAAAAUUUCCGGAAAAAAAACGAAAAAUCGACAAAAAUUGA